AUGCCGACACUGGCAGUCACCGACCAGAGCGCGGCUAUUUUCGAUGGUCGCUGGGUGGACCAAGAGGGCGGCGUGGUCGUCAUCAAGGGCUCUGAGCUGGACGUGGUGGGGCUGGGCGUCUACGCACUCGAGGUGCUCGGGCCCCAGAGGUGUGGCUUCUGGAUGGACGGCGACUUCUUCGAGGCGCAGAUGGCCCCCGACGGCAGGCUCGUCUGGGACGACGAGUCGAUCUGGGUCAAAAGCACGCCCGAGGCCCCUGGAGCCGUCAGCCCCUCGCAGCCUGGGCGCAUACCAUCGACACCAUCAGCAGAGCUGCGUGGAAGUCGAGACGAAGCACACGUCGCCGACGAAGAGAGGCCCCAGCGGCACGCGGAGCGCGAGCAGCGGGCCGCGCCCGGCCAGCCAUCCAGCGGAGCGGCGGCCUGGCCGCCGGCGGAGCUGCCUCCAGCGGCGGGCUCCCCGAAGGGCGGCUGCGUCCUGGGACCCCCUCGAGGAGCUGGGGCCAUGAUGCGCGAAACUCCUGCUUCAGCGCCCGCGGCGAGGCCCGCGCCCAGGCGGCCCGAGGCGGCCCCCGCGCGGCCCACCCCCGGCGGGCCGCGGGCUCCCCGCGAGCAGCCGCAGACGGCGCUGGCCAGCGAGGCCCCCCGCGACCGACGACGAGCGUGGCGGGGAAGUUUCGGCGUCGCUGGUUAG